CAGUAUAAGGCGGUAUAACACGAUUAGUAAUUAGUUAUUGGAUGCGUAUCAUAAUAAUUUAUAAUAAUUGAAGCCAGUGUUUACAUUUUAUUUUACUAAAUUGUGAUUUAUUUUUAUGUUAAUUGUUUUAUGUUUAUUUAUUAUUUAUUAAUUUGAUAUAAUAUUGUAAUGCAUAAAAGAAAAUAUCAGUGUGGUGCUGAUAAAAGGAAAGCAAAACAAAAAGAAGAAUUAAAAAAAUAUGCGAAUGACCAACGGCAAAAAAAACUUUGUUUCAUUCCACAAACGGAAGACUUGCCGUCGAAUGAAAUGGCCAAAAGAUCGUACCAAAGCUAUACACCGUACAACGGCACAACGGUGCAAUAUUAUCUGGAUGAUGUUGAUGACAUUGAUGAUGAAGACUCGGACGAGGACGAUGGGAAAGCUGAUGACGAUGAUCGAGCCUACAAAAAUCCAAGGAAGCUUCCUUCAUCGGAAUGUCCCAGAAACGAAGAGCAAGCUGCAUUUAUGGGACAAACAUGUUUACGAAAAUGUUCGUCUGACGAAGAUUGUAAAAGCAAGAAAAAACAUUGUCUUUGUGAUGGACUUUGUGGAAUGUCAUGUGUAAAACCAGAGAGAGAAUGUGACGAAUUGCCGAAUCCGGAACAUGGCGUGGUGCAGAUGACCGGAAGACUGUUUAGCGACAAAGCUACUUACAGCUGCGAAAUCGGAUAUCAAUUGAUCGGCAGAGACCACAGAACUUGCCACGCCACCGGUUCGUGGUCUGGAGUGGAGCCUUUCUGCAAACAAAGUGUGUUCUGCAAAUCACCUCGUGUAAUCGAAAAUGCAGGUAACAAUGCUUUUGCGGAUCAGCAAACAUUCGACGUUGGAUCUGAAGUCGAGUACCGAUGUAAAGACGGAUUUACGAUGAGAGGUUUCGCCAGAGCCAAAUGCUUGGCAAUGGACAUAUCGGCUUCAUGGUUUGGACCAGAUAUAACAUGUGAACCGAGGACUUGCGGCACUCCGGGUGUAAUUGCCAACGGUUGGCACCAAGGCGACUGUUCGGACUUCGGUUGCCGCGUGUUCUACAAGUGUUCGGACGGUUACGAACUCACCGGGAAAUCGGAACGUCUCUGCCAUUCAGACGGAUAUUGGGUACCAAAAGAUUUACCUUCGUGUGUGCUGGUUUCAGCGGUUGACUGCGGUCCUCCCGAAAGUCCGUACAACGGAAACGCGGUAUUCACGUCUACGUCCUACAAUUCGGUAGUAUCAUACGAAUGUAAAUACGGUUACAUACUGUCCGGUGAGCCGACUAGGCGGUGCGGUGCAGACGGCAAGUGGUCAGGCACGACGCCAAUAUGUCAAGAGAUAGAUUGCGGAUCUCCGGGAGAGCUUCAUAACGGUUGGCUAGAGAACACUGAAAGCGGCACUGGUCUAGGCGCGACGAUUAUUUACCGAUGUCAAGACGGAAUGCUUCUUGUAGGGAACUCUUCGACAGUGUGCCUUGCCGAUGGACAGUGGCGUUAUCCACCACCGCUGUGCCUAGCUCCAUGUGUCGUGCCGGUUAUCCAACAAGGUCACGUGAACAUCACUCGGUCAAACGAUUCCACUCCUUAUGUACCGAAAACUGUCGGUGGUCCCAUUUUAGCGAAACACGGUGACAAAUUGUCUGUAAAGUGCAACGCCAAGUACGAGCCAGCCGGCGGGAACAACGAUCUCGCCACGUGUAAUAAUGGUACCUGGACCUACAUACCGAAAUGCGAACCAGCUCAUUGCAAACGACUACCACUGAUUCCAAAAAACGGCAUAGUUCUGGCACCACGAAUGGGUCACGGUGCCAAGGCAAAGUUCUCAUGUCGAGAUGGCUACUCACUAGUGGGGGACCGGUACACAGAAUGCCGGUACGGAAAUUGGUCCGGAGAAACUCCAAAAUGCGACGAAGUUUAUUGCACUUUCCCUGGAUAUAUAGAUCACGGUAAAGUGUUAUUGGUGGGAAGUAUGGGUGUUUACGACUAUAGACCAUAUGUUCGUAAGAUAAAAAACAACAAGCAAAUCUCGUUCGAAUGUGAUCGAGAAUACGUAAUCGAAUCAGGACCUGUAGGUGCAACCUGUAUCGGAGGAAAAUGGAGCCCCGGAUAUCUGCCAAAGUGCGUACCAUCAAUACAUCCAAAACUCAGACUCAGUAGAUCUAUUAAGAAUAGCACUGAUAUCAAUACGAAUGAACUGAUUACGGAAAAACCUGGUUUUUAUCAGAUUGGCAAAUUAAUAACCUCUAUAAAAGCUUGGUGGAAAAGAAGUAAACGUGCGUUAUCAGCACAAAAUCAACAAGUAAUGAAAGCCAAACAGACUUCUAAUAAAGAUCAAACGGCCAAAAAUCCGGGAGUAAAUAGAGGGUCCAGAGGUCGGGAAUCUGGGGAUUUAUCAUUCAAAGAUUAUGACACUGAAGAUGGUAACUCUACGAUCGACGGAGAAAAAGCACCGCACAAAGGCGCUAAAGGCAAAGGCAAACAUGGAAAAAGAAAAGUUGGUCCUUGUGAACCUCUAACAAAUAGUUCUAGUGUACAUAUAGAAGUUGUGAGACAAGGAAAGCAUGCUAAUGUAACCCAUUCACAUGGAACCGUACUCAAAGUGUCAUGUGAUCAUGGGUACCAACCUAACGUGGUUAAUGGAACAGCCAAAUGCUGGAGAACUCGAUGGAAGCCAGCAAAACCUGACUGCAAACUUAAACCUUGCUUAAUACCAUACUCGGCAAAUGGUUUUUACAGUAAAGUGGAACCUACGUAUUUAAAUGUAACGGAAAGCACUGAGUUCAUGGAUGGUGAAAUCGUAACUAUUACAUGUUUUUCUGGGUUUAACUUAAAAGGCCCUUCGAGAAUGGAAUGCAGAAAGGGCGACUGGGAUGUUGGAACUAUUUCCGAGUGCACUCCUGCUCCAUGUGAGUUACCGGCUAUAACUCAUGGCCAAUACUUACUUGGAUAUAGAGCAGGCCUUACCAUAGCUAAUGGAUCAUUCGUUACCUUCCAAUGCGAUCCAGAGUUCAUAAAAACUACAUCAGUUUCCAUCGAAUGUGUAUUAGGCCGAUUAGUUCCUAAAGUACCUUCUUGUAAAAGAGAUGGUGGAUUAUUCAUUACCGGUGCGGAUAUUUUGAAAAAAAGCGAAUUAGGCACCAUUGAUCUUUUGUCCGGGCUUCGAGGAUCUUGCGGACCCCCAGAAUCGGUCCACGGAUCAAUGGUGUUUCGAAACGGAGAACUGUUAAAAGACGCGGAAAAGAGUUUUCCCGACGGGACAGAAGUGACGUUUAAUUGUAUCGGAAACAUUAUAGACGAAAAGGUCACGUGGCGUAUACGAUGCGAGGACGGCAACUGGAUUGGCCGGUCGUUGAAUUGCACGAAACCCGUCGAAACCAUGAACUCCACUUUGGACAACACCACUUGCAUGUUUCGGAACAGCGAGCCCAACGUGGUGACGUUUAUAAGUGACACGAUGAUCACGAACGAGCUGACCGAGUUUAACGCAGGAACGGCUUUGGUGUCCCGAUGCUCAGACAUUGGAAAAUACGCAAUGGAAGGAUCCAACAGGCGGGUGUGUUCGAAUGGUGAAUGGUCCGGACAACGUCCGGUUUGUUUUGGGCUCAACCAGGAAAACGAUUAUGCACUGGAAAAACCGCCAACAAUACUGUUUCGCCAUCAACUAGGACCAAUUGCGCAGAGUAACGAAGGACGAUUGGUCGUCUACCCGGGAACGAUUUUGCACAUGGAGUGUUUGUGGAUUAAACGGUUCGGCACUCCGAAAUGGAAUGUCAGUCAUUCGUUCCGAAAGUAUCCCGAGGGAUGGACAACCGACCCUGGCCGAGACCCGGACCUGGAGUAUCGGUUGAGUAUCUAUCACGCGAGCAGAGACGACUCCGGGCUGUUUUCUUGCAUCACCCCCACAAGGCACACUCAUUCGGUCGAAAUAAUCGUAAAAGCCGUGCACUGUCCGUCUAUACCGUCGAAACGAAGUUUGAUCAUUGGUUCGCAAAACACAAAACUAAACACUCGCGUUAAGUUUUCUUGCGCCAGAGGCAACAAUCUGAUCGGGGCCUCCGAAAUCGUCUGUUUGCCUUCGGGUAACUGGAGCGAUCCGAUCCCCGCAUGUGAGAUCAUCGAGUGCGAAAAGAUCGAUAACCUAACCGACCCGAACCUACGGAUAGCCGUGCUCAGCCGCCAAGUGGGUGGUGAAAUAAUGUUUAGCUGCAUGCAAGGGUUCGGACUCGACGGGCCCACACACUCGACGUGCCUGUCAACCGGCGAAUGGGAACAGCCGUUCCCCACGUGCGCAGCGGUCACUUGUCCCUGGCCAGGGGACCCGCCGCACGGUUACGCGGCCGUCUCGCAAAACUCGUACAGGCCCGGCGAACACGUGUCCAUCAGCUGCGAACCGUACUACGUGUUGGACGGUCAGCCCAAGCUGGUUUGUGGGGACAACGGAGAGUGGUCAGCGCCAAUGCCAAUCUGUGUUCAAGCCUGCCCGUACCCGGGCACUGUGAUCCGGGGCCGCAUGUCCACCGUCAAGUUUUACUACGCGAUCGGCGACGUGAUCACUUUCAGCUGCGACGAGAACUUGAAGAUCAAAGGCGCCCCCGUGCUGCGGUGCCUCAAACACGGAAAAUGGUCCAAUUCCAUACCGACGUGCGUGUCCAGGAACGAGACUCAGCGGACACAGUAGACUGCACUCGUGUUUUCGUCCCCCCCACCCCCCCCCCCCCAGCAGACAGCAUAAUAUAUUAUACCCCGCCGACAUAAUAUUGUAACGUUAUAUAUAUAUAUAUAUUAUUAUAUAAUAUAGAGAAUUUUUGCACAGCGCCGGUUGAACACUCCGGUCAAAAUGACGUCCGGUUAAGUUGUACGGUAGUAUAAUAUAAUAUAACGUUGUAAUCUAAACUUUAGUUUUUGCGUUAUCGGAUGUCUUGUAUAUUAUUCCGAUUAGCUAUUUUAUCCCAUUGCAAUUUCUAACCAUGAACCUUUAAACUGGUUUAUGUUUUAUGGUUAUAUUUUCAUUGUAAUAGAUAUUUUAUAUGUUGAUAAGAUAAUAACCGAUAUUAUCCAGGCGCCUGUUAAAAUGUUUAAAAGUACCGAUUACGAUGGUCAAAUAACCGUACCGAUAUGUGGGGCGCAUGCGCAAAGGCUUCUCUUGGUAAAUUACGUUAUCGGAUUCAUACCUUAUUUUCAACCGGCAUUGUGCAAAAACUCUCUAAUACUUCAUACGACGACACGUGAAAUAGUCACGACGAUCGUUUGUAUAUUAUUUUUUAUUAUUAUAAUUAUUUUUUUUUUUUGAUCUCCCAGAUACCGUGGUUCCGGUUGUAAAAUGUUUACCCGAUGCCGUGUUCCUAACCUAACCCGUACGACACUAUAAUGACAAUAGAAAUAUUCACGAAACCUCCAUAACAAGUUUACACCGAGCGCCGAAACGAUAGUAAUUAGUUGCGAUAGUAGUGCGAGUAUACUGUUAUAAUAAAUUGACGAUUCGUCCUGCAAACGAGAAAUGUUGAACAUUGUGUCAGAAUUCGAUAAAUUAUAAUAUUUAAAUAACCGCCGAGGAAAUCCAUUACAAAUCAAUAAUUGCGUUUACGAUUUAUUACUCUAAACGGUUAUUACGCAAGUCGUAACCAACAGCUGGUCCGACUCGAUGUCACGUGGUGGGUGGUGGGUGGGCAGAAGCGUCCGUUUUCAUCCACCUCGAGGGAUAUAAUUCGUACGCUCCGGAAAUUCAUUAUUAUUUUGUUUAUUAGUAUACUCGACCUAGUCACGGUUAUGAUGCUGCACUUUAAUAACAUUUAAACAUUUUGUGAAUUUUUAAAAUUUUCAACGCGGCACUAUAAUAUUGUUUAAUAUCCACGAGGAGUUUACAAAACUUGAUUUACAAGUAAUCGCGUAACAAAUGCGUAUAAAUAUAAUAUGUCUGCCACGUCGUAGUAUACCCACCCACCCAUUCUGAUUGUAUAGUAUAUACUUAUUAUAUAGUUUCUCAUAUAUUUAUUACAUAAUAUAUUAUAUAUUAUUAUUGACAAUAAUACAUAUUGAUUUUACCGUUUUCAAUAUAAUAUAGAAACGGCGGUGAUAUGAUUCUAGAAUCAAAUGCAAACAAAACAAAAGUAUAUUAUUAAAUGUUAUUAAAAAAAAAAAAAAA